AUGGACAAAAUAAUGCAAUUUGUUGAGCCAAGUCAGCAGUUCAUAAAGGGCUCAAUUCGGCUGGUUAAAAGAUGCACCAAACCUGACAGAAAAGAAUUCCAGAAGAUUGCCUUGGCCACAGAAAUAGUAUUUGCCAUCAUGAGAUUCAUUGGCUUCUUUGUGAAACUGAUCCAUAUUUCCAUUAAUAGCAUUACUGUGGGUGGCUGA